AAAUUCCCAAUGAACUGAAAUAACCAAGGGAAAAAGAUCUUAUCAUGCUUAAUCAUGUUAUAUAUGUCUCAAACUCGAAUAACGUCAGAUUUUCAGACUUCUGUUGGAGCUUUAAACAAUGGCAAAUGCAUCGUAUAAAACAGUGGAUUGCGAAUCCAGGCGAUGAAUUUAUAAGAAAAAGGAUCCAAUUCGGGACUUCUAGGACUCACUGUUAGUGACACGAGAAACAAGAAUGAGCUGAUGAAUCCACCUAGAAUGGUGAACAGUUCUGAGGACGCUAAUUUUCCUCGAAACAUCAUUUGGAGUGAAAGAAUGACGGUAAAUAGAAGAAACGAAUAGAGCAUUGAAUUUCUUGAUCCUGCCAUGCUCUUUAAACCCUCAAUGCGCCGCCGUACGCCGCCGGUCCCUCUCCGUUGCGAUAUCGAUACGUCAAAUUUCAGAGAAAGAUGUAUUCAGAGAAAACGAACUGCUGGUAAAGGAGAGUGAUUUUGGUAUUAUUUGGAAACUGUAAGGGUAAAAAUGUCAGAAGGUAGAUUUUGGUCAAAGUGAAACGACGUGUUUUUUGGGAGGGUACUGCUUUUUAAGAAGACGAAACUUCUUUCUUUUUUCUCUACCCGGCGGCAAUGGAGUCGCAGGACUUACCGGAAUGUCCGGUCUGUUUGCAACCGUACGACGGCGCGUGCACGAUCCCGCGUGUGCUCGCGUGUGGCCACACGGUGUGCGAGUCAUGCCUAUUAAACCUCCCUAAGAAACUCCCGGGAGCAAUCCGAUGCCCCGCGUGUACGGUGCUCGUCAAGUACCCACCGGAGGGCCCCACGACUCUCCCCAAAAACAUCGACCUCCUUAGACUAAUCCCCGGCGGCUCUGAAAAUCCCCGAAAACCCGUCAACAAAUCCAAAAAUGUCUCCAAUCUCCCUUUCCUCCCUCGUUCUUGGUCCGACGAGUUUUAUUCCAACUGGAAAAGCUACCUUCUCCGUGACGAUACCGUUGAGAGAGACCAAGUGAGCCUUUUGCCUGUUGGGUCUUUUUCAAGUGGCGAGGAGGAUGGUUCUUUGUUUAAGGCUGGAUAUCUCGUGAGAGUUAUGGAUUGUUUGCGUGAAAUGAAAGAAGAGGAAAGAGAGGACUUGGGUUUAGUUUUAAGAGCUUUUACUAAGCAAAAUUGUAGAAUUUGUAGAGUUUUGGGUCUGUGGGGUGAUCUUGGGGAUGGGGUUCUGUAUUUAGUGAGUGAGAAGCAAAAAUGGGGGAACUUUUUGGAUAAGGACUUGGGGUGUUUUGAGAAAGAAGGGGUUUUUAAUUUUGCACUGAUGGGUAUGGAAAUGUGUGAGGCAGUCAUUUCUUUACAUAAAGAAGGGUUGAUUGCUGGUUGCUUGAGCUUUUCUUGCUUUCAAUUGGAUGAUUUUGGGCAUAUAUAUCUUGAUUUGAAUGAGGUGUUAUUGACUGGAAGGGGAAUUCAAGAUAUUGUUGCAAAUGUUGGAUUUAGUGGGAACAAGAUUGGUGACGGAGAAAUCGGUAUGUUGUUUAAAGAUUUGUUGAAAAGGGAUGUGUUUAUUAGCCCUGAGGUGUUGCUUAAGCUGUUAGAGAAAGAGGGUAUUGGGGUAGAGUGUUGUAGCUUGAAAUAUCCAAUAAGAUAUAGCUCGGAUGCUUGGUUGUUAAGUUGUAUUCUUCUUAGGAUUGUCAAUGAGGAUGUCUUUAGUGAUGAAUGGGUUGAACAUAUGUGCCAUAUUAUUGUGAAAGGAAGUGAAAAUAGUGAAAUAGAUUGUUCAAGUGUCUAUACAAGUUUGAUGGAGAAAGUGAGUUCUUUAUUGGGAACUAAAUUUGGUGCCGAAUGUGCAUCUUUGCAGCAGAUUCUAUGUAAAUGCUUGGAUCUUGAUCCCGAGAAUCGUUCACUAGCGGGAGAUGUGUGGAAAUGUAUUAGGGAGCUAGUUAUUAAACCUCAGUUUGAUAAAAUGGUGAAAUUGGAUGGUGCAAGUUAUGAUGAGAAUGGAGGUCGAUGUAUGGUUGUUGGGAAAUUGUGUCUGUUGUCCAGGGAAAGAACCGAAACACAGGAAAAAUAUGAGUUACCAGGAAAAGAAGCAAAUGGUGCAACAGACAUGGUUAAUGGUCUUACAGAGGGCAGAAUUAAAUGGAAAGAUUUGCAAGGCCAUCUUGAUUGUGUUACUGGAUUAGCUGUAGGAGGGGGUUAUCUGUUUAGCUCCUCCUUCGAUAAAUCAGUCAAAGUAUGGUCCUUGCAGGAUUACUCUCAUGUACAUACGUUCAGAGGUCAUGAGCAUAAGGUAAUGGCUGUUGUCUGUGUGGAUGAAGAACAGCCAUUAUGCAUUAGUGGCGAUAGUGGAGGUGGCAUAUUUUUAUGGAGCAUUAAUAUCCCUUUCGGACAAGAUCCGUUAAAGAAAUGGUACGAGGAAAAGGAUUGGCGCUAUAGCGGAAUCCAUGCUUUGGCAGUUUCAGAAAAUGGCUAUUUAUACACUGGAAGUGGAGAUAAAUUGAUUAAAGAAUGGUCAUUGCGGGAUGGCACCCUGUCAGGCACUAUGACUGGCCAUAAAUCGGUAGUUUCUGCCGUAGCAGUGAAUAAUGGAGUUCUUUACAGCGGGAGUUGGGAUGGAACUGUUCGAUUAUGGAGUCUAAGUGAUCAUAGUCUUUUGACUGUUUUAGGGGAAGGCAUGCUGAGAUCUGUGUCCACUGUCUUGUCUCUUGCAGCUGACCAGCAUACACUUAUUGCUACUUACGAAAAUGGCUCUGUGAAGAUCUGGAGGCAUGAUGUGCUUAGGAAAUCGAUGCAAAUACACAAUGGUGCCAUUUUCACUGUUAGCUUGGAUGGGAAAUGGCUUUUUACAGGAAGUUGGGACAGAACCAUCAAGGCACAGGAACUAGCAGGAGAUGAUGUUGAAGUAGAUGUUCGACAUAUUGGAUCGAUUCCUUGUGAUUCUGUUAUAACAGCUUUAUCAUACUCAGAAGGGAAGCUUUUUGUCGGUUUUGGUGAUCGGACCGUUAAGGUAUACUAUCAUGGGAAGUGAUCAAAGCCUCAUUGGCUUGCAUUUCUAGGACCCCGAAGGUUUUGAUGGAGUGGUAUACGAUAGGCAACGGGUUGGUGACCUUUGUACAGAAAAUAUACCAAUACAUGUAUACAGGGGGUGAGUAGUGUGAAAUGUCUAUACACUAUCAACUCUUGUUCAAGUUCUUCUCAAGCUAAGAGUAUAAUGACAGUAAAUAUAGUCCAUGUUACCCGGGUUCAGGAUUCAAAAGUGAAUAUCAGAUAUGGGUAUGUUUAUGUCAAACACAUUCCAAAUGCGAAUGUUUUAAGGAAAAUAAAGGCUUCAGAUAAUGUAUAUAAUGCGAAAUAUUAGAAUUUUGGUUCCACUGUGUUGAAAUGAGAGGCAUGCUUGUUGGUUUUGUAA